CUCAUUAGUUAUUAACCAUGGUGGAAUACACCUGCAAGAAGAAAUUCAAGGCUGCCUGAGGGACACCGAAACAAGCCAAUGCCUGUAAGCCGUGAGCAAGCGCAGUAUGUGCAGAUAGACCCAGUUCUGUGAAUGUGGGUAGCAUAUAUCGUAAUUUAAAUCAAAGCGGUUUUGAUGGUUUUAUUUGGGAGCGAGCCUAAAAUAGAAAAGAGCAGUUGGAGGCAGAGAUGUUGAGGCUAGCAUGUCAGAAAAACUACUGUGCGUGAAAGUGAGUUAUUUCUGAUUUUAAUACCAACUCUGUGCUACCUAGUGCUUAAUCCCAAUUUUGUCACAGCCUUCCCAUCUGUAAAGUGAGAGUCUGAAGUGAAAAUUUUUGUAUGAAAGGCUCUGUUUUUCACAGUAGUCUUUAUCCUAGUAACGACUGUAUUGUGCAGGCAUGAGAAGUGAUUUGAAGAUGAGGAGUGGCCUGAGAAACAUUUUGCUUAACCAUUCGAGCCAAAACUUUACUCGAAGAGCAAGUUUUAACCUACCUUUACAUCUCGCACAUGAGUGGCUACUGCAAGAUUGCAGUUGUUACGGCUGUGCGUUUCCAUAGUUCACUCUGUCACACGUUGCAUUAGUGCAGUUUAGUUUUCACUGACCAGUAUUUGAGAUGUCUAAGUAGAAUGUUUCUCUGUUUGUACCUCAGUGCUUUCUGGUCCUUUGCAGUUUCAGGCACAGCCGAUUUAACUACAAAAUAUUUCAUUUCUGUCUGAGUGAGGAUGGUUACGGGUGGUAAAAGCUACCUGAGCAAUCUGCAGGCGCUUGGGUGGCUGGUCUUGAGCUUUGGACUGCCUUGGCUAGGCUGAUUAAAGCGUCUUCCCCUGGUAAAGCAAAGCACAGUUCUCUACCCAUUCGAACAGGUGCUUCCAGAGUGAGGAACCUUUUUUGCUUUUCCCAUAAAAGCCUUUCAGAUGUAUGGAAGAAGCUGUUGCUGGGGAAUCAUCAACUUGCACUUAUGUAUAUUUAUAAAUUUUAUAUAAUUUCUUUCCAAAAGGCAGGUGUUAAACAGUGAGCAUAUGGGAGGAUCGUUUUAUCUGCUUUGUACGUCAUCUGGUGAUAGGUUGAAAUGAGACACUUAAAACACACAAGGAAAUUCUGUUAUUGCAGGGAGGGGCAAUAAGGAAUACAUCAUCCGAUAGGAAUGCUAUAAAUUGUUGUUUGCUGUCAUGAUAAAUGUAGUGAAGAUUUGGCUGAUUUCUUACAUUUGCUCUUUCUAAGAGUGUCUGCAUUGCCUUACUGUCCUGUAACAAAGCACAUACAGUCAGUGGCUUAAAUGAGACUUCAGGAGUACCAGUAUGAAAGGAGGAGGGAAGCAUGUCCCUACUCUCUCUGCUCUCUUCUUCUUUGUAAAGUGGCAGCAUGACUGUUCUUAUGGAGGUGUAUGCCUACCUGCUUUGACUACUAGGUGUUGCACCGCCUGGAGAGGAGUUGGAAUAAGGAAUGAGGCUGGCACCGAUGCGAUUAUAUACGCUGUCCAAACGGCAUUUUGUUCUGGUCUUUGUAGUAUUCUUUCUUUGUUUUGGUUUGACAGUCUUCAUAGGAAUAGCAGGUCCUAAUGUAAUUGAAACUUCUGUAGCAAGAACUGACUUAAAUAACAGCCUAAAGCUGAAGCCAUUUAAUUUAAGUUCACCACCCCUGUCUACUUAUAAUCAGCAGCUGUGGCUGACCUGCAUAGUUGAGUUGGAUCAGCACGAUGUAUCCCUCAAAAAGAAUGUUACUAUGAUAGUCAAAGUACUUGGAGUGGUGAAGGAUGGAAGCACACCGUACGUUAAUAAUCAAUUUCACAAUCGGACGAGAUUACUCAGUUGUGCACAAAAAUGCAGUGAAAUCAUUGUUGCUCACCUUGGCUAUCUGAACUACACUCAGUACAACAUAUUUGUUAGCUUUGAAGAUCUAAAUAAGUUAACGUACACUAUCCAGAAUAUUACUUUCACAUGGAAGACCUACAAUCCGACUUUUUCACAAGUGGAAAUAUGGUUCCGAUUUGUCUUUGUAGUUCUUACUUUUAUGGUCACGUGUCUGUUUGCACAUUCCCUGCGGAAAUUCUCCAUGAGAGACUGGGGUAUUGAACAGAAAUGGAUGUCAAUCCUCCUUCCCCUCCUGCUACUUUACAAUGAUCCAUUUUUCCCCCUUUCUUUUCUGGUGAACAGCUGGUUUCCUGGAAUGCUGGAUGAUCUUUUCCAGUCUCUGUUUCUGUGUGCGCUGUUGUUGUUCUGGCUUUGUGUCUAUCAUGGUAUAAGAGUACAGGGGGAAAGGAAAUGCUUAACUUUCUAUCUGCCCAAAUUCUUUAUUGUUGGACUAUUGUGGCUGGCCUCUGUUACACUGGGAAUAUGGCAAACUGUUAGUGAAGUACAUGAUCCUACAUAUCAAUACAGGGUUGACACAGGUAAUUUCCAGGGAAUGAAAAUCUUCUUCCUUGUGGUGGCCACCACAUACAUUCUCUACCUUUUGUUCCUGAUAGUGAGGGCAUGCUCAGAACUUCAUAACAUGCCUUAUGUUGAUCUCAGGUUAAAAUUCUUGACUGCAUUAACCUUUGUAGUGCUUGUCAUUAGCAUUGUUAUACUCUACCUACGCUUUGGAGCACAAGUUCUACAGGACAACUUUGUUGCUGAGCUGUCGGCUCAUUAUCAGAAUUCAGCAGAAUUCCUAUCAUUUUAUGGUUUAUUGAACUUUUAUCUCUACACAUUAGCCUUCGUGUAUUCCCCCUCAAAGAAUGCACUAUAUGAAUCACAGUUGAAAGACAAUCCUGCUUUUUCUAUGCUGAAUGAUUCAGAUGAUGAUGUGAUUUAUGGGAGUGACUAUGAAGAAAUGCCACUGCAGAAUGGCCAAGCUAUUAGAGCCAAGUAUAAAGAGGAAUCGGACAGUGAUUGAUUUUGAUGUAGACACUUGUUCAGCUGGAAUUACACCAAUUUUGAAGUUUCCCUAGACGGACAACUUCCUUGGCUUCCUUACAGCCUGCUGUCAUCUGAACACCAACUCCCAGGAAGGACAUCCUGCUUCUGUUUCUGUUUACAAAGCUAAAACUGAAAAAAGAAUGCUUGAAAAGGUUAUGGUGAAAAUUUAAGAAACCAAAAUUUUUACAUGUCUUAUGAAAUGCCUGAGAGCAGGAUGUCUCUGGACUAAAAUUUUUAAGUCUGUUUCCAUUUAGAAGUGUCACUGAUUAUAUGCUGAUUUUAAAAUUGCAUCCUUGCUGCUUGGGGGUUUUGUUUGGGUUUGUGGGUUUGUUUUUGUUUUUUUUUUUUGAGGAUUAUGUACAGCAUACUCUCAUUCAUCUGCUGCAUUUGUGUUGGCUCCUUUGUGUAUUGUCCACUGCUGUACGAAGUGCCUCAUUUCCCUUUCAAUUUUCUACCUUAGUCUUCUGGGCUGGAGGCAGGUAAUGAAGUGGUUUAGGGUUUUCUCUCCUAUUUUUUUCAAUGCAAGAAAAUACAAGCUUUCCAUUUUUCAUUUGAAGAAGCGAUACAGACUUAAGACCAUUUUUUAAAUGAGUUUACCAGAUUUGUAAGUGCAAGAUACGUGCAAAUAGUCAAGUUCUAGUGGCCAAAAUAGCCUCAGUGGUGCAAAAUUAUUUGUGUAUGUUUCAAAACAUGCUUUGCUUUACUGCCACAACAGAAGUGUUUGGGUUUGGUUUGGUUUGGUUUUGUUAAACAGCCCUUUCAAAUGGAAAUAUUUAAGCAGCAACAAAUUUCAGAAGGAAGCCAGUACUCUUCUUUCUGGGUUUUUUAUAUACUGGAGGAAACUGUUACAGAGAACAAAGUAUGAAAGUUUCAUAGAGAAUUACAAUUUCAAAUUUCCAAAUGUUUCAUUUUUAGAGGUUUUUUCCUACAUCAGAAUUUUUCCUUAAGUGGUAUUAAUAGACAGUUAACCUUCAUCCUAGGCACAACUGCGGUUGCUCGUGUACAGAACAUGCACGAGUUGGCUUUUGAGCAUGUUCUGUGCACAGUUCAACUCCUUGUCAUACCACAGUCGCCACCUGUACUGAUGGAAACUUCCACUCGCACAUUUUGUGAUUACCUGUGUUCCAGUCUGUGCUGGAACGGACUUACGUGGGAAUGAAGUAUUCCUAGUAUGAUGCUGCUGGUCCUCUAUUUACAAGUUGGUUUUCUCCUACACCGUUGUUCAGUUCUUUAAGUGGAUGCUGUUUGUUUCUUACUACUUUUGUUUUCAGGUACUUGACCUGGCUGAAAGUAUCUUUUUUUUUUCUUUUUUUUUUUUUUUUUCCCCCUCCUGGAUUUGUAACUGUGAUUUACACUUGUAAAAUUUCUCUGCCCUGCCGCUGUAGAAAAGACUCUCAGAAGCGCUGUUAAUGCAUCAGACAGAAAGUGGUGCUGGCUUACACUAGGGAAUUGUGCUCAUCGUUGAACUAGUUGGAGCAGAAGUGUGCAGUGAAGUCCUAUUAACCUUGCUGAAUCGUAUCGGGGAAAAAGUAGCUUAGUUCUGCUUUGAUGCAACAACUGUUCCAGACCAUUUCCAUUGCAAAAACCUCCUGGUAGCUGUUCAGGAUCAUGCUGGGGACACUCCAUAGGACAGCAGUUUGCUUAGAGAGGACCAAAGGAACUGCUUCGUGUGGUUGCAUCCUUGCUGUCACAGACCUGUUCAGAUGAAAUCAGUGCUCUGCUAAGGACAAGUGUGGUAAGAUACUCUGUGCCUGUGAGAGAAAAAUUUCUAAAAUUAUGUGGAACUGAGAAUUUUUUUUCGGGUAUUUUAAAUUUCAAACUUUCUGUACCAGGGAUCAUUUAUUUGUUAGAAGCCAGAGCGCUAUUGUAUGGCUAAAGCAAGGAAACCGUGGGGGGCAGAGAAGGAUUUUUCCUUUAUUUGCUUAAUUGG